AGCAACAUGGCAGCGUCCUUUUCUGUGCGUUUCGUUUAUGAACUGAGCUAAGUUAGUCAGCUGCUUGUGUCGAGCUACAAAGUUGGUAUUCUUUAUUUGUAGUUGUAAUAAGUGUGAUGAUUAUCCGCAGAGAAUUAUUUUUAUUCUAAAAGUCUUUUUAUCUUUUCGCUACGUCUGAAAUGUCAGGGACGUGGGAAAGUGCUUGGGGCUAUGCCGAAGACUGCCUUUUAGCCGUGUGGCAGAACAGACUCUGCGUGUACACUGUUGCAGCUGUUGUUAUCGGAUUAUGGCUCACAAUAAACAUGACCUGGAAAAAGAGGAAGCCUGUCAAACCUGUAGAUUCCUGGCUUUACAAAUCUGGAAAAAAGAAAAUUUCAGAGAAAGAGAAAGUCGUCAGUGUUGUAGGACUAAGGAUAUUCUAUGGAUCGCAGACAGGAACAGCAAAGGGCUUUGCCAGAGAGCUUGCCGACGAUGUCCAAAAUCUGGGUUUCCAGUCUGAAGUGAUUGACAUGAAAGAUUAUGAUCCAGAGGACAGAAUAUCUGAUGAGUGCACUAGUAAAAGGAUCUGCGUGUUCCUUGUGGCUACAUACACUGAUGGCAAGCCCCCCGAGAGCGCUGACUGGUUCUGUAAAUGGCUGGAGGAAGCAUCCACUGACUUUCGGUAUGGCAACACCUACUUGAAAGGGAUGAGAUAUGCUGUCUUUGGCCUGGGGAACUCUGUCUAUGCUGGCCAUUACAAUACGGUAGGCAAAAGCGUGGACAAAUGGCUGUGGAUGCUGGGUGCGGCACGAGUCACGAGCAGGGGAGAGGGCGACUGCGACGUGGCCGCGAGCCGACACGGCAGUCUGCAGGCUGACUUCCAGGCGUGGCGGACCAGGCUGGUGGGCCGCCUGCAGGCUCUGGCGCAGGGCCGCAGGAGACCCUGCAGCGGCAAGUGUAAGAAAGGCUCCUGCAAGAGCACGAACCGGCCGGAGGAAGCAGCAGAGGACGGCUCCUCGCCUCCGGAGGGCCACAGCUCGGAGGAGCUGUUUGAGUCCAGCAGUGAUUCAGACUCUUCAGGGGAGGGGGAGACUCGGGGCUCCGUCAUCGACAUGGAGGACCUCGGCGACGUCAUUAACCACAUUAAAAAAGCCAAGAAACCAGAAGAGGCCUCUCUGGGGGGAAGGCUGGCGAAGCUCAAUGGAGUAAGGAAGACUGAGGAAGAGGAGGAGGAGAGGGAGAUGCUAACGCCUGCUCUGAGGGAAGUGCUCACAAAGCAAGGAUAUAAACUAAUAGGAAGUCAUUCAGGGGUCAAACUGUGCCGCUGGACCAAGUCAAUGCUGAGAGGCAGAGGAGGCUGCUAUAAACAUACUUUCUACGGGAUCGAGUCUCACCGGUGCAUGGAGACCACGCCAAGUCUGGCCUGUGCCAACAAGUGUGUGUUUUGCUGGAGACACCACACCAACCCGGUGGGCACCGAGUGGCGCUGGAAGAUGGACCCAGCUGAGAAGAUCCUAAAGGAGUCGGUGGAGAACCAUCAGAACAUGAUUCGGCAGUUUCGAGGGGUCCCGGGGGUGUGGCCUGCACGCUUGGAGGAGGGCCUGGCAGUGAAGCACUGUGCUCUGUCUCUGGUGGGGGAGCCCAUCAUGUACCCGGAGAUAAACGCCUUCCUGCGUCUACUCCACCAGCGCCAAAUCUCCAGCUUCCUGGUCACCAACGCCCAAUUCCCUGAUGAGAUUAGGAACCUGUUGCCCGUCACUCAGCUCUACGUCAGCGUGGAUGCCAGCACCAGGGACAGUCUGAAAAAAAUUGACCGCCCCCUCUUCAAAGACUUCUGGGAGCGCUUUCUGGACAGUCUCCAGGCCCUCGGAGAGAAGAAACAGCGUACGGUGUACCGACUGACCCUGGUCAAGGCUUGGAACGUGGACGAAAUGAUGGCGUACGCUGAGCUCAUCGCCCUGGGCCAGCCAGAAUUCAUCGAGGUCAAGGGAGUGACCUACUGUGGCGAGAGUUCCGCCAGCAGCCUGACCAUGGCCAAUGUCCCCUGGCACGAGGAGGUCAUCCACUUUGUGCAGCAGUUGGCCCGCCUACUGCCAGACUACGGCAUCGCCUGUGAACAUGAGCACUCCAACUGUCUCUUACUAGCACAUCACAAGUUCAAAGUUGAGGGCGAGUGGUGGACGUGGAUUGACUACAGGCGCUUCCAGGAGCUGGUCCAGCAGUAUGAGGAGAGUGGCGGCACCAGAACCUUCUCUAGCCUGGACUAUAUGGCCAAGACACCCAGCUGGGCCGUGUUUGGGGCCCAGGAGAGGGGCUUCAACCCCUCAGACAAACGCUUCCAAAAGAAGAAGACGACCAAAGACCUCUCAGGGUGCUGAUGAUGAACUCUGCUGCAUCUGUUUUUAACAUCUGUAUGAGAUUAAUAAUUAUAGAAAAAACAUUUUAUAUUACACACACACGUAGAGAUGCACGCUAUGGAUUUGAAGGCGUCCCUGAAAGGUGUACCUUUGCUAAGGGUAAAGGUAGAUCACUAGAACUAAGAGCUCUUUAAAGUGUCUUUAUGGUCAAUAGCAUGGAGCAGCUCAGUCAGCGGAGCACACGAAUCCGUGUGUGUGUGUGUGCGUGUGUGUGUGCGUGUGUGUGUGCGUGUGUGUGUGCGUGUGUGUGUGCGUGUG